AUGGACGUCACAUCUCUCUGCAGCAGACUCAUGGUCGCUGUGAUGGUUCUGCUGGUUGCACAGAUUAACCAGAGUCACUCUGCUCAAAAUGCUGACAGAGUUUUUCCUCGUAUUACUCCAGACAGACUGCAGUUCUUUGAGUAUGAGACCGUCCACAUUAGUUGUGAAGAGUUGAUGGGACUGACUGGAUGGAGAGUGAUGCACAGGCACAAAAAAACAACAAAUUUUAACAUCUGUACCCCUCCUGCAUCAAGCUGCACCAUUCAGCCUGCCUUUGAACGACACAGUGGAGGGUACUGGUGUGAAGACGAUGAAGGAAACACCACUGGUUCCAUCAACAUCUCUGUUACUGCUGGAUCUGUGAUCCUGGAGGUUCCUGCCCGUCCUGUGAUGGAGGGAUCUGAUGUGACUCUUUUCUGUAAAAAUCAGAAGUUUCAGUCAGAGCACAUUGCUGAUUUCUACAAAGAUGGCGUCUCUCUUGGGAUUGUUCAUGGUCACAUGACCAUCAAAAAUGUUUCCAAGUCUGAUGAAGGAUUUUACAACUGCAGCAUAGCAGGAGCUGGACAAUCACCGGAGAGUUGGCUGGCUAUCAGAAAAAAGAAAAAUGAACCAGACAAGGAGAUUCAGCCCCCACAGAAACACUCCCCACAUCAUUCUACCAUACUUUGGAUUGCUGUCAGUAUUUCACUGACUGUUAUUUUUCUGUUUGUGCUGGGAUUCUUUCUCUGCCAGAAACACCAAGCAUCAGUUGGAAACAAUGCUGAUGAAGUCACGUAUGCUCAAGUUGAAAGCUUCAGGAGGGACAACGGUAGCUAUAAGAUAUAUUAA